UGACCUUGCUGCGGAACCAGCGGAACCGAUCAGUGUGCACCAUGCUGUGCUGCCUGCUGCUCCUCGCCCUGCUGCUGGGGGCUGCCCUCCCACAGCCAGUGCACCAGAGGGACAGAUACUCAGUUCCUGAGGAUUUCUCUGCUCCCCUGGAGCUUCCACAGAAGCACUUCGGCCUGGUGGAUGAUUAUGGCAUCAAACCCAAGCAGCCUGGCUUCAGAACGCAGGCAGCCCCGGAGCGGCCGGCGGAGCUGCGCAGAGCUCGCAAAAGCAAGCGCGACGGGCUGGACUUGCUGGAGUACUACGACGAUGGGCGCCUGUGAGCCAGUGUGCCCCCGUGCCCGCCACAACCCAGCAGGUGCUGUGUCAUCAUACUGCAAGAGACUGACUCUGCCCCUGCAAUUAAAAGUCACCCCAGAGGGAUGUGACAGGAAGCUGUGCCAUGGUCACAAGUAGGAGAUGCUGUCACUCCAGCCUGCAGCUGGAAAGGGCAUGAGCACACUACUUCCCCCCAUCAACUGCUCACAAGCAGGGCACCCAGCGGGUGCUUCUCCAAUAGAAUAAACUAAGAGUAUUUUGUACAAUAAA